UUUUUUCAAUUGAUGUCAACUCGAGAUCUUAAUUUGACUUUUAAUUAUGUUUAAUUUUAAUGUAAUAUUUUAAAGUGUUUUUCGAUUCAAUGCCAACUUUACUGAGUAUUCUAGAGUUUUCUAUUUUGAAGGUUUUUCUAUACUUUAGGUAUUUUUUACUGUAAAUUGUGCUGAAAUUGUAUUUAGCAUUCAGUCUUCCCUUCGUUACGUGCCAUACCAGUGCCACACCAGUGCCAAUAUGGAACAGGAGGGCCCCAGAAUUAAAUUCAACAAAGAAUUCAGUGAAUUCAUUAAAGACAUUGAUUUGAGUGAGACCUUCAUGCAAUUACUUGAAAGGCAUCCAUGUGCAUAUAUGCUACCAGAUAUUAAAAAUUUUGACACCGAUUCUGAGCGCAAAAUCAGAAUAUUCUCGGAGUUCACCCGUGAAAGGGAGCACUGCAAUGUGCUGGCUAAUAUGCUACAACAAUCGGGUCAGGUAUGCGCGGCCGACCAGUUGAGGACAUUCAACAAAUCCGAAACCGUCAUCGACUACACCGAUGAGGUAGAGCUGAGUGUCACACCGGCCAUCACAUUGAGGUCGGGAACUACACGUUGCUAUACCAUGGACUCCACCCCCAGGGGAAUGGCUCUCAUAUUCAUCACAGUCGACGAACUGAUGAAAGAGGGCAAGAGAUUUGAGUGCAUUUUCAAUCAGUUGCACUUCAAUGUGACCAUUCAUGCGAAUAAGACGUGUCAACAGAUAUCGGAAAUACUGGAUGAGGCAGUGGAUGCUGAACACAACGACACCUUUAUUAUGAUGUUUAUGGGCCACGGAUUUGAUGAGAAGAUCCAGGGGUGGGGCAGACAUGAAGGCGAUGAUAUGUUUAUCAGGGAUAUUGUCGAC